CAUUCACUCUUUGCAAACGUCUAAAUUUAUUGUUUAUUUUUGUUUGUAAUUUUUUCUUAGCUAUGAGCCAGACUUUUAAUAUAUCAACAGAAUAUACACGACUAAAGCAGUUACAAACAAUUCCAAAUAACCCGAUGAGCCGCCUUUUUGAAAUGGUAUUAAUUAAGCGGGAAUGCUACAUUAAUGAUUUAUGGGAACUAGUGGGCUACGAAACAGUAUCAACCCGUGAUGAUACACGCAAUGAACUGGAGCGCGCAAUAGAAUGGCUUCUUAAACGACUGGCUGCCUUAGAUGUUGUAGCCUUUGGUGAGCACAUGGGCAUGCAAAUACUACCAGAUUGCUUAAAAAUCAUACGUAUGCCCAAAGUUAUUAUUGGAGUUCUUAAGCAUUGUGCAAACAAGCCAACUAUUCUAGUGUAUGGUAACCUUGAUGUGGAGGAAGCAUUAUUAGAUGACGGUUGGGUUACAGAUCCUUUUGUCAUGGCGGAGAUUGGAAAUUAUUUAUAUGGGCGAGGUGUGGCCCUCGAUAAAGGACCACUGAUGUGCUGGUUAAACGCUAUUCAAGCAUAUCGUGAUGCUGGCUUGCGACUUCCUAUUAAUUUAGUAUUUCUUAUUGAAAGCAUGGCGCACAGUGGCAGUCUGGGCCUGCAGGAUGUCUUACAGCAGCGUAUCAGUUUUUUUCGCGAAGUAUCCUGUGUUGUAAUGGCUACUCGACGUUGGCAAAGCAAUGUUACACCAUGUAUUGUAUAUGGUUCUAGAGGAUUGGUAUACUAUCAUUUGGAGGUUGAAUGCGCCAAUCGGUCUUUAAGUAGUUGUGAGCACUCUGGAACCUUGUUUGAGGCACUUCCUGAUCUAUUUUAUUUGUUAAGCUCGCUUGUUGAUUGUCAAAUGCACAUUCUUUUCGAAGGAACGCUGGAAUCAUUACAAAUUGAUAGAAAUGUGUUUCGUUUCACAGAAUUCAAUUAUCACGAGUUUGGUCAGAGUCUCGAUGUCCAAGACCUGCCGCAUCAAGCACAGAAGCAGGCGGCGUUGGCUGAAAACUGGGUCACGCCUCAUUUAUCAAUACAUGGAAUUGAAGGUGCUAAUGCCGAGAACAAUGUACGUUUUAUCAUCCCACAUAAAGUGACUGGAAAAUUUUCAAUUUCGAUGGCACCCAAUCAAAAUUCUGCGCAGGUAACCCAUGCCUUGCAGCAGCAUCUUGGAAAUGUGUGGGUACGAAGAAAUUCUCCCAAUAAGAUGAAAUUAUGCGAAAAAUUAGUAAUACCUUCUUGGAACGGUCGCUGCGAUAGUCCUGAAUACAAGGCUGCUUUUCGCGCCAUGACUCAAACUUACGAAAUAAGUCCCAACUUUAUUCGAGAUGGUGGUGCCCUUAUGGCUCCUUCACUCUUUCAACAUUAUUUACAGAAGAAUGUGUUAGUUCUGCCUAUUGCAAAGAAUGAUUGUGGUGGUUCUCCUGUUAACGAGAGAAUAAGUACUCAAAACUAUAUUAUGGGUGCCCAGCUUAUGGCCGCUUUCAUGUGGGAGUAUGGAGAAAGUUUUCAUCAGGUUGAGGAUGUUAAAUAGGAUUUACUGUUGCGCUAAAAAUACAUUGUGUUAAGAAAAAUAUAGAUAAGGUAUAUCCCGCUACACUUAA